AUGGAAGAGGUUACAAGCGCUGAAGAGUCGUGCAUGAGCCUUUCCACAACUUCCUGUAGCCAACAUUAUAGGGACCCUGUGGAAGAUCAAUGGGAUACUCUUCGCAUUACUGAGGAAGUGAAGAUUGCAUUCUACAAAGAGGGCACCGAAAAGUACAUAAUCUUUAAUGGCACAGAUACCAACAUUUCCGAUUGGUUCCGACAAGACAGGAUACUAAGUUCGUCAUGGAGUGCAAUGGAGGAGAGAUUAUAUGCACAUUUUUCUAUUGAAAGGUAA